AUGGGCUCACCCAUUUUAGAUUUUGAGUGCAGCUAUCGCGCUAUUUUCGGGACAUCCGAGGGAGUCGAUAGCCUCGAGGAGAACGAGUCGUUCAAGGGUUACAGGACCGGUCGCAGCUAUCUAUGCAGCCCGGCCGUAGGUAAAUCACUCUACUGGAUUGCGCUAUUCAAGAAUGAGGAGGAGACCCGGGGAAACGCCAUCCCACGAUAUACGACCAAAGAUCGUGACCAACUUGUUGCGAAUUACGCCGAUGACAUUAUCAAGCCAGGGGUAACCCUCGGUGAUCUUUAUCAAAAGUCAACUGCGACAGCUCUUGUGCCUCUCGAACAAGGUGUGCUCUCAACAUGCUUCUACAAGCGAAUUGUCCUUGUUGGAGACUCAUGGCACAAGGCCAAUCCUCUCACCGGACAGGGCGGCAAUAUGGCAAUCGCAGGGGCCGCGUAUCUCACGGAUGUACUAAAAGAUCUCGUUAAUCGCGAGAAUGUGCCCAGUCAAGCGAGCGUCGAAGAGGCCUUCCGAGACUAUCAGCAAGGUCGGGGGCCUAUUAGCCGUGGAUUGGUGGAAGGCGCCCAUGCCGCCCAACGUUUGGAGGCGCUUGAAACGACUUUUCUCAAGUUUUUCCAACUCAAACUGGCCAGAUUCCUAUCUCUCAGAAUUGUGGGAUUCAAGGCAGGACCAGUAUUCAAUGCUGGUCUACCCCUCAAAUAUCUGCCUCUUCCUGCCCGUCCUGGGACUGUUCCUAUUCGCGGGCAAGUCGACAAAAAAGUGUCAAAGCUGUUGAGCUCCGUUAUUAAGGUCUUUAUAUUUUUGCUAGUGCCCAUUUUUCUCGGAUAUCACCUCUUGGGGGUGGCAAAUAGUUCAUUUGUUAUGAUGCUUUAA